GAAUUGUUAUUCUUCACUCUUCAGCCCGAUGGUUUGACGGUGUGUAACUAAUACUAAAUCUUAAUUCAUAUAGUGAAUAAUAUUGUCAUACAGAUUAGUGAUUACUGAUUAGUGAAUAGUGAAUAAUAUUAGUUAUUAAGUAAAGUAGUGAAGCGUCGUGCCGCCGUCCAUGUGUAGUGUGUUUAGUGAUUUUUGAUUUGUGUUCUGUUUUAGAUCUACGAAAAAUAUUUAUAUCCCGUCGGUCUUGGGGAAGUAGUCACUAUGGUAAUGACAUAUUUUAACUCUUAGUAUUAAUAAUAUUUUGCCUUGAUUUAAGUACAAACAUGUCCAUUUCUGUGGAUACAUCUUUCUUGGUACCUCCACCUCCAAUAAACUUUUCAAUUCCGCCGCCUUCAACCAAUACAUCCAUUCCGACGAACUACAGGUUUCAAGGUCCCAUACCGUUACAUAUUCGUGGUCCGAGUUUGGGUGGACCACCAAGGCAUCAACUGAACAAAAGUGCGCCACCAGCAGAUGUGGAUUUCGAUGGCAAACGCUUGAGGAAAUCGGGUCUCCGUAAGACUGUGGAUUACAAUGCAUCACUAAUUCGAAUGCUACAAAAUCGUGUUUGGCAACGAGAUUUCAGAGAUAGGCCAUUUUUACAACCAGAUAUAUUAUAUACACCUCAACUAUUACCUCCACAAUGUUAUAUCGAUAACUCCGUAAACUCAGUUACUACUGCUUUUGUCAAAACUGUUACUAAUAAAGUACGGUGUCCUGUAUUUUGUUUAGCAUGGACACCCGAGGGUAGACGUUUAAUAACUGGUGCGUCCAGCGGAGAAUUUACUCUAUGGAACGGAUUGACGUUUAAUUUUGAAACUAUUUUGCAAGCACACGAUUCACCGGUUCGUUCAAUGGUAUGGUCUCAUAAUGGUAAUUGGAUGACUACUGGUGACCAUACUGGUUUUAUUAAAUAUUGGCAAUCAAACAUGAACAAUGUCAAAAUGUUUCAAGCACAUAAUGAAGCUGUCAGAGGUAUUAGUUUUAGCCAAUCAGAUGACAAAUUUGCAACUUGUUCAGAUGAUGGAACUAUACGUAUUUGGGACUUUUUUACUAACAGAGAAGAAAAAAUACUUAGAGGACAUGGAGCAGAUGUAAAAUGCAUUGAUUGGCAUCCACAUAAAGGUCUUUUAAUUUCUGGUAGUAAAGAUAAUCAACAGCCAAUUAAGCUGUGGGACCCAAAAACUGGACAAUCAUUAGCCACCUUACAUGCUCAUAAAAGUACAGUUAUGGAUGUAAAAUGGAAUGCCAAUGGUAAUUGGGUUGUGUCUGCUUCCAGAGAUCAUUUGUUAAAAUUAUUCGAUAUUAGAAAUCUUUCCCAUGAAGUUCAAACAUUCAGAGGUCAUAAAAAAGAAGCUAGUACUAUUGCCUGGCAUCCAUAUCAUGAAAACUUAUUUUGUAGUGGUGGUUCUGAUGGUGCUAUAUUAUUUUGGAAUGUGGGUGUUGAUAAAUUUGUUGGUUCUGUUGAUCAAGCUCAUGAUAGUAUUGUUUGGUCAUUAGCUUGGCAUCCAUUAGGUGAGGUUUUGUGUUCUGGUUCAAAUGAUUACACAUGUAAAUUUUGGACCCGAAACAGACCUGGAGAUAAAAUGACUGGAAAAUAUCAUUCAGUAAAUACAGUUUCUAACAUGUUAAAAACAGAUAAUAUGUGUGCUGAUGCUCAAUCAACUAUUCCUGGAAUGGGUCUUGAAGACAUUGAUGAAGAAGAUUCUAAUAAACCGUUGGUUGAUAAUAAUACCAUACCACUUUUAGAUAUUGCUUCUAGUGAAGAAACAACUAGAGUUCGACAAAUUAAAAAAAUUCCUUACUCUAAACCUAUUCCUAAAAAUUUCCAAAAGUUAUGGACAGAAUAUAAGACUAAUGAUGAAAUAAUUGAAGAAGAAGCUGAAGAAAAUCUUGGCCCUGAUAGUGAUGUAGUUAAUAAUGUAGUUGAGAGUCUAAUGGAUUUGAUACCAGGCUCCAGACCAGCAAGUGAAUUAAAGCCAGAAUCUCUUCUUGUUUAUGGACAAAUGAUAAAAGUAGAUCAAAAUUCACCAUUAGCAAAUGCAAUUAGGGAAGGUCGAGAAUCAUUAAUGCGUCUUCUUCAUUCUGGCGCAAUUCCAGAAGUACGGCAGCAUCUAUCUUUUGAAAGCAACAAAGAUCCAAUUUAUUCAUAUGCUGCUAAACACCUUCAAAAAGAUCAAGACUUGCGUAGAAAUCAAUUUGUUAACAAUCCGAAUGUAAACUUUCCUAUGAAUCAAGAUGUUGAUCUCCGAGUCAAUAAUAAUUUUAAUCCAAAUUAUGGCCCUAAUAAUUUUCAAACAGCUCCUAAUGAUAAUUUUAAUAGACCAGUUAUAAAUCAGGCAUCUAAUGCUAUGGGAUACAAUCAACAACCGAGAUCUUAUUUCAAUAAAUCACAUCCUUACAAUAAUAAUACACCAAAUAAUAGGCCAUCUCGACAGUAUGGAAACAAUCAAAACGGGAUGCGAAAUGGUCCGCCACCUAAUUUAAUGGACUCCACCUUUUCAAGGCCAUCCACUUACAGAUCAAAUUCACAAAGACCACCUCAAAAUUAUAACAAUAUGUGAAUUUUUCUGAGUGGGUACCGAGUUGAAAUAUAAAACUAUUACAUGAUGGAGCCUCCUUGGAAUUAAUACCCCCUCAAAAAAAAAAAAAAAAAAUAGUAAUAAAUAAAUAAAUUAUGUAUUUGCAAAUAUCUCCGUGGAGUAAGAGACUGCUAAUUAUUAUUAAUUAAUUACAUAAAAUUGUUAUUUUUUAUUAAUAAACUAUAAAAAAGUAUUUAUAUAUAUAAACAUAUA